UUGUUGCAGUUUGACAGCCGCCGCCGGUCUCCGCUGUCGUUGCCCUUUUGACAUAACAGAUAAUAAAAAUAUUAUUCAAAUAAAAUGUUUGCAUUAACUAUAUUAUAUGUAUUUUUGUUAACGAAUUGUGUUGAUUAUGCGUUCAGUAUUCGUUGCUAUGAUUGCAACAGCGCUAACAACUCCAUGUGCCUGGACCCCACGGUGUACGACGCGGAGACGGUGAGGAAGUUCCUGGGAACCAUUGAUUGCCAGGCCGAUGUCGAAGCACCGCAAAGGAAAGAUUUCUUUUGCAGGAAGAUUGUGCAGACCAUAAUGUUCAAGGGUCACGAGCCAGAGGUCAGAGUAACCCGGGGCUGCGGCUGGGUGCGGCACCACCGGGACUGCUACAAGGCAGACAAUGAAGACCACUUGGAGACUGUUUGUCAAUGUUUCGAAGACGAUUGCAAUGCGGGAACCGCGCUCACGUAUACUACCGCCCUUGUCACGGCUCUCAGUAUACUGGUUAUUUAUUUCUAGUAAAAUUUUUAAUAUUACAA